AUGGAUGAGGCUAUGAGCGGUCCUGGGACCAAGAGUUGGAGCGGCGGCAAGGAAGCCGCAAGAGUUGAAAGAGAAAACGCCGAAGGAAUCGAUGAUAGAAGCGGUGAUGUAAGCGGUGAUCGAAACGGCAAAGGACAUGGCGAAGGAAACGGCGAAGGAAACGGCGAAGAAGACCGGGAGAGGAAAGCGAGCGAGGAAAUUGAGAAAUGA